AUGCACGGAACAGCCCGCGCUCCGGCCACCAGCGUGAGCGCCGACUGCUGCAUCCCGGCCGGCCUGCGCCUGGGGCCCGUGCCUGGAACCUUCAAGCUGGGCAAGUACCUGUCAGACCGCAGGGAACCCGGGCCCAAGAAAAAGGUGCGCAUGGUGAGAGGGGAGCUGGUGGACGAGUCGGGGGGCUCCCCUCUGGAAUGGAUAGGGUUAAUCCGGGCAGCCAGGAACCCCCAGGAACAGACUCUCGAAGCUAUUGCAGACUUACCCGGAGGACAGAUCUUCUAUCGAGCUCUUCGAGACGUCCAGCCAGGGGAGGAGCUGACCGUGUGGUAUUCCAACUCCUUGGCUCAGUGGUUCGACAUCCCCACAAUUGCAACUCCGACGCACGACGAGAAAGGGGAGGAGCGCUACAUUUGCUGGUACUGCUGGAGGACGUUUAGAUACCCCAACAGCCUUAAGGCCCACCUACGUUUCCACUGCGUGCUCAGCAGCGGCGGGGGCCGAACCUACCUGCACCACGAGCACGCUGCUCGCCAAGGCGCUGCCCCGGCCGCGGAUGGCCUUCCCUUCUCUCCGAAACCCCCAGCGCCCGACUUUGCCGCGGCCGCCCCGGCUGGCACUCUGCGGCCCCACUCGCAGGCCCCGCCGCCUCUCCAGGCCUGCGGAGCGCGGGAGAGUAUCAAGCGCGAGGCCUCCUCUGCGCCCUCGGCCACGUCGCCACCCGCGGCCAAGUGGGGGCAGUCCAAGAAGAGCAAGGAGCAGCCGGACCGCGCCCUAGACAUGAGCGGGGCCUCCCGGGGACACGGCCACUUCCUCGGCAUCGUAGGCGGCUCCCCAGCUGGGGGCGGUGGCCUGGCCUUCUACCCCGGAGUGCGCUCGGCUUUCAAGCCUGCCGGCUUGGCCAGGGCGGCCGCGGCCGCGCAUGGCGACCCCUACCGGGAGGAGGGCGGCGGCAAACCUGGGUCCGGCUUGGCCUUAGGCAGGUUGCUGGGCGGGGGCCGGGCGGGCGGACGCCCGGUAAGCGGGGAGAACCCCGCGGCGGGCGGCGCCGGCCACCACCAUCACCACCAUGCGCACCACCACCAUCACCAUUCCAAGUGCCUGCUCUCGGGGGACCCGCCGCCGCCGCCGCCGCCGCCGCCUGGCCUACCCUGCUCGGGGGGCCUGCGCAGCUUCCCUCUGCUCCCCGGGGCCCCGGAAGAGGCGUCAGCCUUCAAGCAUGUGGAACGUGCCCAGCCAGCGGCGCCUGCGCUGCCGGGAGCGCGUUUCGCCCAGUUGCCCUCUGCGACCGGGCUGCCCGUCGAGCGCUGCGCGCUGCCGGCCCUCGACGCGGGCGGGCUCAAAGCCUACCCGGGUGGCGAGUGCAGCCACCUACCUGCCGUCAUGCCGGCUUUUACCGUCUACAACGGGGAGCUACUCUACGGCUCACCGGCCGCCGCCGCUUAUUACCCGCUCAAACUGCACUUCGGCGGGCUGCUCAAGUAUCCGGAGUCCAUCUCCUACUUCAGCGGGCCUGCGGCGGCGGCAGCAGCAGCGGCAGCUGCCGCUCUAAGCCCUGCGGAGCUCGGCUCCCUGGCUAGCAUCGACCGAGAGAUCGCUAUGCACACGCAGCAGCUGUCCGAGAUGGCAGCCGGGAAAAGCCGAGGCCGCCUGGACGCGGGGACGCUGCCACCCGCCGUCGUGGCGGCGGGAGGCGCUGGGGGUGGCGGCAGCGUAGGUGGCGGCGCCGGCAAGUCCAAGACCGGCCACCUGUGUCUCUACUGCGGCAAGUUGUACUCGCGCAAGUACGGGCUCAAGAUUCACAUGCGGACGCACACCGGCUACAAGCCGCUCAAGUGCAAAGUGUGCCUGCGGCCCUUCGGCGACCCCAGCAAUCUGAACAAGCACAUCCGGCUGCACGCCGAGGGCAACACGCCCUACCGCUGCGAGUUCUGCGGCAAGGUGCUGGUGCGCCGCCGGGACCUGGAGCGCCACGUCAAGUCCCGCCACCCCGGCCAAAACCUGCUCGCCAAGGCGGGCGAUGGCCCCGGCGCGGAGCCUGACUACCCGCCGGAGCCUGGGGAGCCCAAGAGCGACAACGACAGCGAUGUGGACGUCUGCUUCACGGACGACCAGAGCGACCCUGAGGCUGGAGGCGGCGGCGAGCGCGACUCAUAA